AGACGUUUUCUCGAAAACCACUGAAGCGCAGUGACUGACACUUCUUUAUCAGAUUCCAUCUUGACCAGCCGACUUGCGAAUCAUCUCGACUCGUCUUGAUUAUUUUGUGUUUGACAACUGAGGCAAAAUCACAAAUCGGUUAUUUAAUAGUGUCGCUAUUUGAUGGUUCUUUGAAACCGCUCAAAGCGACUUGUACUGGAUCGAUGUAUUAUCACGCAUGCACUGCUGAGCGCAUUGAUCGCACGCACAAAAUGUCAUAUAUCAUUCAGCAGAGUUGCGUGAAUCAUAUCUUUCAAUUUUAUAUUUCAGUUGUCUGUUUAAAAACCAUUACAUCUACUUCCACAUUUGUCAAAGUAACAGCUGUUUCUGGUGUACUUCUAACUGUACUGCACAACACACCAGAAGCAUUAGAAUCCAUACAAAAGGUUUUACCACUGGCGAUAAAACUUCUUGGAGUCAGAGAAGGAUCUAUUAGCUUUAUUGUGAAGUCAUCCAGUUUGUCAGCCUUAAAAGAACUGUGGUCAAGCUAUAAGGAUGGAUCACUUCAAGAAAACAUCAGAAAAGCUCUGAAUGACAUCAAAGAAGUCAGAGAAGUGUUUAAUGGAGAGGAGAUUGACGUGGAAGUCACCAUUGAUGAGGAUGAAUACAGGGAUGCAUGCUGGGACACCGUUCUCCUGCAAAUGGCAUCGAUACAAACCGACUGAAGAGAGCUCCUCUGUAGGCAGAGAACAUAGGCACUCGUCAUGUGACAUGGAUUUACCCAGARYYACMAUGACCGRKYUGGCCUGGAGCGAUUGGAUUAACGUUAGAGAAAUCUACAACGAAUCAAGGAUAGAAGGAAACAAAAGGAGAAAAGCAGAAAAGAAAGUUGCCGAGCUAGCACGUGAGCUACACAUCCUUGAGAACGAGAAACAACCAUUAGUAAGUGAAAGGAUUGUUCGGUUACAGAGCGAAUUACAAAGAAUCCAACAUGAACGUGAAGAAGUGAACAGGGAGAAUGUGAGUUUGAAGAGCAAGUUGRACGAAGUAACAUCAAAACUGCUUGCAGAGCAAGAGUUUCUCAGUAAUCAAUUAGAUCCUUUGUGGGAAAGCAAACCAGAAGAAUUGUUWAAGGUUUUUCAACAGCUGACAGCUGAUCUAAUCAAGAAAGCACCAGACACAGUGGAAUUGGCUGAGAGGCUAAUGUCAGAGUUGUCAAAGAAAAUAAUCAGCCAUCCUGAGCUACAUGUUGAUGUUCUGAUGCAAAUGUUGCAGUUAAAUGCAAAGGUAUUGGGAUCACAACCAUGGUAUCACCUUGAUGAUGGUAGUAAACUGAAGUUGAUCUCAGGUAUUGAAACUAUGAUGACAUCGGUUGCUGAGCAACUUUUUAAACAUCCUGACCUGAGCACUGAUGUAUUGAUUCAAGUAAUGCAGGAAAACACAAAUACAUUGCAAAAACUACCAUGGAAUGGCCUUGAUGAUGGUAGUAAAAUGAAGGUGACCUCUGGCAUAGAAGCUAUGAUGACUUCGGUUGCUGAGCGGUUUGCUAAACAUCCUGACCUGAGCACUGAUGUAUUGAUUCAAGUGAUGCAGGAAAAUACCAAGAUAUUGCAAAAACUACCAUGGAAUGGCCUUGAUGAUGGUAGUAAAAUGAAGAUGACCUCUGGCAUAGAAGCUAUGAUGACUUCGGUUGCUGAGCGGUUUGCUAAACAUCAUGACCUGAGCACUGAUGUAUUGAUUCAAGUGAUGCAGGAAAAUACCAAGAUAUUGCAAAAACUACCAUGGUAUCACCUUGAUGAUGGUAGUAAACUGAAGCUGACCUCUGGCAUAGAAACUAUGACGACUUGGGUUGCUGAGCAACUUGUUAAGCAUCCUGACCUGAGCACUGAUGCAUUGAUUCGAAUUAUGCAGGAAAACACUAAAGUACUGGAGAAACUACCAUGGUAUAACCUUGAUGAUGGAAGUAAAAUGAAGCUGACCUCUGGCAUAGAAACUAUGACGACUUUGGUUGCUGAGCAGCUUGUUAAACAUCCUGACCUGAGCACUGAUGCAUUGAUUCGAGUGAUGCAGGAAAAUACCAAAGUAUUGCAAAAAUUGCCAUGGAAAAACCUUGACGAUGUUAGUAAAUCAAGGCUGAUCUUAGAUAUAGAAACUUUGACGACUUGGAUUGCUGAGCAACUUGUUAAGCAUCCUGACCUGAGCACUGAUGCAUUGAUUCAAGUGAUGCAGGAAAACACUAAGGUACUGGAGAAACUACCAUGGGAUGAACUUGAUGAUGGUAUUAAAAACAAGGUGACGUCAGAUCUGGAAAGUAUGAUUAAACUUGUAAUUCGGCAUUUAUCUGAACAUCCUGAGAUCAGUAAUGACGUUUUUAAAGGUAUACUUUGCAUCAGUGAAACUAUUUUGAAGAAGAUUAAUUGGACUGAUCUUAACAGUGAUUUGCAGAACCAUGUCCUUUCGUGUUUGGACGAGCUGAUGAAAUUAGUGUCUGAAAGAGCCCUUGACCAUGGCGUACGUGAAGUACUAACUGACGCCGUAUCUAUUAUACUURCGAUGWCAUCUCUACUCCCACAGUCUUCUGAUAUUACUUCACGAUUACAGUCACAUCUUGAAGCCAUGGUAGCUUCGGUUGCAAAACGUGAUGUGCGAUUCUACGAUAUAGUCGAAGUGAUUGACAUGAUGACUGCUGCAUUAAAGAAACUGAAGGCUGGCAACAAACUCUCAUCUGAAGCGACAUUAGUCAUAUUGUCCAUAGCGUCUCGUAUAGCAAAAGAUUAUUUGGAACAAGCCACAUCAAAGUUACAUGGUGGAUCUGAGAGAAGGUUAAUGGAACCAUUGAUGUCACUUCUACGGGAGGUCAGACCUUUACUACCAGAGGAUCUGCCGACUGUUUCUGAUGUUACAGAACUAAAAUCACAAGUAGAUAGCCAUGUUGACACCCUGGAUCGAGUGCUGCUUCAAUUCAAUGAUAUUCAAGUGAAGGGUACGGAGAGUGAUCAGCCGUUUAUCCUUGAUGAAGUCGUCAGCGGUAUCAAGGAAGAGCUGAGUAAGCUGAAGAAAGAGUUGGCAAGCAUGAUUCACAUCUUUGAAAGGAAAUCAGAGCAUGGACAUGAAUUCAAAGAAAGUAUUCAAGCAUUGGUAGAACGAUUCGACGUACAACAAAAAGAAAGGAAAUCAGAGCAUGGACAUGAAUUCAAAGGAGCGAUGCAAAGCCAAAGUCUUUCUACACUCGUCCAAUCAGAGGGAGUUUUGCAAAAGGACGAAAGUCUGUGUCCAACAAGGUCGAUGAAGGCUUGAGCGUACAAACAUGACGAUUUUGCACGGUUGGAUUUGAAAUCAGUUGAAAGAUUGCCUAAUUCUGGAUAGAAGGAUCUUAGAGACUUGCCGCUGAGGAGAUUUUGGAGGAAAAAGAUGGAUUUAAGAUAUUUUUUUCGGCCGUCAAAGACGGGUGGUGUGGAAGCUCUUUAACCAGCCUUGUAGUCUUUUAUGACUGAUGGCGAUGCAUAUGGAACUUAUUGCCAUAC